AGCGGAAGUGACGGAAAAAGAUUUGAAAUAGCGGCGGCGACGGUGGGAAAUCAACAGAAAAAAGUCCCGGGAGAAAACAGGAGCAUGAAGGACUAUAAAGAGCUGCUGGAACAGUUUGAGAAACCAUUCCAAAUCCUGCUUCACGCACUGAUCAUGGGUGUAUCGGGAGCUACUACUGCAUUUCAUAUUCUCCAGCGUAUCCAAUCAAAGCAGCCUCUCCAUUGGAGAACCUUCAUAGAGACAUUGUGUCAGCCUGAGCCAUGGUUAGAAGGAAAGGAGCAGAGGCUUAGUCUAAUACCGUUGUUUUAUCUUUUACCUGUGAUAGCCAGAAGAAAUCUUUUAUCAUUUCUUCACCUGGGGAAUACUGUUGUACCUAAAGACUGCCUGCAUCAUCUCAUCGUACAGUUGAGGCAAAACCCAGAUGCUGAUCUCUGGACACAGAGAUUAAUUGAUACCCUGGAGCAGGACAUAGGAGAUGGACUGGGUCAUUUGGUGCCUCAUUCACAUACAGAGCAAUCUCAGCAACAAUGGAGAAGCCUCUGUCAAAAGUUAAUGGGGAUUUCUGAAGAGCGUUCAGAUGCUGGGCAAAGGUUCAGAUGGUACUUCAGUCAACAACAGAAGAGCAAUGGUAAUGAAUCCUCUGAAAAUACUGAAGGCAAGUCAGUAUUAAUACAGAAUCCUAAAAAACGGAAAAAUUUCAUGAAAGAUGCAUCUCCUUUGGAUGAUGGUGAGCAAAAUGCAACAAAGAAAAUCAAAUUGACGCAGGACACUGUCUGUCCUGAGCCCCUUAUUGGCAACGAGAAGCAAGAUCUCACCACAAUGCCUGGGAGCUUGGAAAAUGGGCCAAUUAUCAGUCCACAGGUACAGAACAAGUUGGAUAUCGUUGAGGUGGAACAGAAGUCACCUCUAAAGACAGAGAAAAGUCUUGAUUUGCCAGAACAUGUCAAGUCUUCAGUAUCGAGACUGAGGGAUCUGUUUGAGGCUGACUCGGAUAAGUUGGGAACAUCUCAAGAACUGAAUAUCCUGAAUGAAUGUGAUCCAAGCCAGCUGGAGAAACUAUGUUUGUUACUGCGGCUGUCCGAACUCCCAGAGCACCACCUGCCCCUGGCCUGCAACAGACUGAUCUCCUUGUCAUCUGAUCUCAGUUACAGUAAUGCGACUGUGCUCGCUCGGAAUCUUUUCUUGACGAGGGUACUCUCAUUGACAGAGCCUGCCUCACGCUUUCUAAUGGCUGCCAUCACUUCAUUUUGCAAGAAAUAUGCACGUCCAUCCUGCAAUGCUCUGAUCGAGCCACUCCUUCAGGCUCCAGACAUAGGAAAUAUUCAAGUGGAGCUGAUUUGCAGACUUACAGAAGACUGCCUUGAACAAGAGCAUCUAACAGUGACUUUUGGGCACAUCUUGUCCAUCAUGUGGAGUGAAGAAAUACUUUCUGUGGUCCAUACGCUGCUUGAGAGGAGGGUGGAAGUAACAUCUGAACUAUUUGAGCAGUUUGUUCAAAAGCUCAGCCAGCAUGCAGGAAUUUUCAACAAAUCUAUGAAAUAUGCCAAAGUGGUCCUGGCUGCACUCUCAAAAUACCAGAUCUAUAUAACAACUGCGCACAAAAACGAACUGUCCUGUGCCUUAGCACUGCACAAGACAUUUCUGAAGAAGUCAAUGCAGGCAGCAUUAAAGCACAUCGUUACAACGUGAAGUGUUUUUCGAGGAAGCAACGGUGGGACAGUGAGAGGAAUUGUGACACUGUAUUUAUCAUACAUCCAGUUUGGUUGGAGUACAUGCUUCUUCAGAUCCACAGCAAGAAUUGGAAUGGGUGAAGACCAUAUGUCAGGAUAAAGGACACUGUAAAGUUGAGGACUGUGACAUUAUAUGUUUAUGUAUAUAAAAAUAUACAGUACAGUAUA